AUGGACGCUGCCCCCAACCGACCGUUAAUGCAAAUCCCCCUACCCAAGCGCCCCCCGUCUAUGCCCAUGUCCAACACUCCGCCUGAACACUCUGUCAUCUCCCGGAAGUCCCAGGGCUCUCAGGGCUCCCGGACGAGCUCUUCGCUGGGGUAUGCCUCCACCGCGAGCGUCUCGACGCUGCGCCACGGGUCACCACCCUCCCUGGUGACGUCGAUGAAUGCGUCGCCAACCUAUAUGGAUGGCGGUGGCAAUGGUAAUGGUAACGGAAAUGACUACUCUCUUGUCAAGGCCCGGACGAUGGCUCCUGUCAAGGCCCGGACGAUGGCUCCUGUCAAGGCCCGGACGAUGGCUCCUGUCGUGCUCACCAAUUUCCCUGAAAUGCCUUCUGAGGACAUUAUCCUUCUUAUCAAGGAAACAAUCCUGGCCAACAUUGGCUCCUGGAUUGAAUGGCACAUGUACCCGUUGAAAGGACGGGAUGACGGUUUCAUCAUUGCCCUCGCCCAGGCCGACAUCGCCUAUCGCUUCAUUAACUGCAUGAAUGGGUUGAUUAUUGACAACCACACGUUGGAGGCAAGGCUCUACUACCCGCUGGCCACCGGGCCGUGGCAAUUGCCCGAACUACUGCCAUCCAAUAUGCUUCCUGAACCCCACAACCGGGUGUAUGUGAACAACUUGCCCUUCCGCGCCCUGAUUGACAACUUCUGCAUUUUCUGCUUCAAGCUCAUUAACGACAAGAUACCCCGGCUUGCGCUGAAAGUGACAGAAAUUAAGGUGCCUCUGCGGUACGACGACUCACAAUACUUUGGCAGUUGGAGAAACGACGAUUACCUCAGCAAAGGGUAUGCGCUCGUUACCUUCAGUGACCAUGAGCUGGCGUGGGCGUUCAUUGAUGCCAUCAACGGCGUCUGGUACGACAGACGGCAAUUGGGAGCUCGCUUCGACAGAUUCCCCGACAACCACAGCACGCGCCCCAUCCACUUUGAGCAGGCCUCUGAUGAUGAUGAAGUUCCUGGUUUUGUCCACUCUGGCUCUGCCCAACACAACCCUAGCAUCAAGUACCGAGACGGCUCGUACCAGGACGACUCGUACCAAAACGGAUCGUACCAACACCGUUCUUACCACCAAAACGGAUACCAACGGAGUCGCAACUACCACAACGGGUACCGCUACAACCGCUACCACCGGAACGGCUACGGUCGGUACGGCUACUACCAAGACCCCUCAAGUGACGGCAACGAGUCUUCUUUCAACACCCACGGCGAUGGCGACAGAACCCGCUACCCCCAAUACAGAAGCGGCAACGGAUACCCUCCCAACCACAACUACCAGUAUGGUUCGAGAAACAAUGCGUCUCCUCCCUUCUGUUGCCGCAGUGGUGGCUUCUCUCCCAACGGAUACCACCCCAGCAACAACAUGAGAAGAGUCCAGUACCACCGCAACAACUCAUCCAACCAAUCAUUCGAACAAUACUUCGACCAUGGCUCCGACCAGUCCUCCGAUGAUACCCAAGUUAAUGGCAACGAAUACCCUUCGGACGACUCCACCUCGUGGAGCUAA